GUACGUGAUAUUUUGGUAAAACACCAGGAAGUAGGUUAGGAGACGACGACCGAAACCACGAAAAGCCUCAAGUUUCACUGACUAGUUUUGUUUAAUUUAACUGUUAUUGUUCGUUAACGUAUCAGGACACUUUCACAGAAUAACUAUUCAAGGUUUUGGAGCAGCUGCGUCAAGAUGCCGAACAUGGAAAAACAUCUCUUCAAUUUAAAGUUUGCUGCUAAAGAUCUCCAAAGAAAUGCCAAGAAAUGUGACAAAGACGAAAAAGCAGAGAAGGCCAAAGUCAAGAAAGCCAUCCAGAAAGGGAAUAUGGAAGUGGCGAGGAUCCAUGCAGAGAAUGCCAUCAGACAGAAGAACCAGUCGGUCAACUACCUGAGAAUGAGCGCUCGGGUGGACGCAGUCGCGGCAAGGGUUCAAUCUGCACUCACAAUGAACCAGGUGACAAAAUCUAUGUCUGGAGUGGUAAAAGGCAUGGAUGCUACUCUGAAGAGUAUGAACCUGGAAAAGAUUUCUGGACUCAUGGACAAAUUUGAACACCAGUUUGAAACUCUGGAUGUUCAGACAGCCCAGAUGGAAGACACCAUGAGCAGCACAACAACACUCACCACUCCACAGAAUCAAGUGGACUCGUUGCUGCACGAAAUGGCUGAUGAAGCAGGGUUGGACCUGAAUAUGGAGCUCCCACAAGGACAGACGGGAUCAGUGGGUACCAGCGUGGCCUCUGCAGAACAGGAUGAACUGUCUUCAAGGCUGGCCAAACUCAGAGAUCAAAUGUAAAGGAACACCACAGUGGACAGCACUACCUGAAUAUUACUCCCAAAUGCUUUUUAUCUACACCAUGUCUUCUCUUUCUGUCUCAUGUCUCUUUCUUGAAAAAUGACUGUAUCAUUUUUUUUUUGACUGGUUCUGUGUUCACAAUAAACCUCAACAAUUUGAAUUAUUCGUCAGACGCCAUAAACUAAUUCAUGCUGGGAAUGGAAAAUGUAUAUAUUCUUAGAUGUGCACCAUUACUAAUAAAUAACGCCAUUCAUAAAUAUGUAUUUUAAAAUUCCAUACAUUACAAUAAUAAAAUAUUGUCUGUAUGUGAGUUCCAUAUACUUGGGGUGUUGAAGCUGAAGGGUUAUAUAUUGGAUGAUGUUUAAAGUUUGUAUUGAUUUGUUAAUGAUUGAAGAAGACAUGUAUGCCUUUAUGAGUGGAAAGACCCCCCCCUGCACUGGUGAAUAGACCUCUGUUGUUGAUAUGUUGUCUUUUAUUAAUUCUGAUGGAUGAAUUGUCUGCGUUUCUCUAGUCAGCUUUAAGUGUUCUCACUGAUUGCCUGAGAAGUGGGUUACAAUUUGGAGAUUACAUACAGUAAGCAAACAAUAAAGUUUUACAAUACUUUUA